GCCGAAGAUCUUCAAAGAGAUGGUCGCCGUGGUGUCGGCGGGCAAAGACGAAGGAACACCGCUAGCGGAGGAGCCACCACUCAAGGGCCAGCCCCGCGACCGGCGGCUGCCAGCGUUUUGGCUGACGCACCCCCAAAAGGGCUCACAACAGUCUGACGUGGAGACAAAGACUCAAGCUGCGACGAUCCGGGAAGAAAGUCGCCGGCAAAAGCGGCGGAAG